GCGCCUGCUCCGCCCCGCCCCCUGGCGGCCGCGGGGAGGGCUCUGUGUCGGCGCUGCGGCAACAUGGCGGGCAGGCCUAUGCAAGCAGCGAGAUGUCCCACAGAUGAGCUGUCCUUGACCAACUGUGCUGUGGUGAACGAGAAGGACUUCCAGUCUGGGCAGCAUGUUGUCGUGAAGACCUCUCCCAACCACAAGUACAUCUUCACGCUGAGAACCCACCACUCGGUGGUGCCCGGCAGCAUCGCCUUCAGCCUGCCCCAGAGAAAAUGGGCUGGACUUUCCAUUGGACAGGAGAUUGAUGUCUCCUUGUACACCUUUGACAAGGCCAAGCAGUGCAUCGGCACCAUGACCAUCGAGAUCGACUUCCUGCAGAAGAAGAACAUUGACUCCAACCCCUACGACACGGACAAGAUGGCUGCAGAGUUCAUCCAGCAGUUCAACAGCCAGGCCUUCUCCGUGGGCCAGCAGCUCGUGUUCAGCUUCAAUGACAAGCUCUUUGGGCUGCUGGUGAAGGACAUGGAAGCCAUGGACCCCAGCAUUCUCAAAGGGGAGUCUGGGACAGGCAAAAAGCAGAAGAUCGAGGUUGGUUUGGUUCUUGGGAACAGCCAAGUUGCCUUUGAGAAAGCUGAGAACUCCUCUCUCAAUCUGAUUGGUAAAUCCAAGACCAAGGAGAACCGCCAGUCGAUCAUCAACCCCGACUGGAAUUUUGAGAAGAUGGGCAUUGGGGGCCUGGACAAAGAAUUCUCCGAUAUUUUCCGACGAGCUUUUGCUUCUCGAGUUUUCCCACCGGAAAUUGUGGAGCAAAUGGGCUGCAAGCACGUGAAGGGCAUCCUCCUGUACGGGCCCCCAGGCUGUGGCAAGACCCUGAUGGCCAGGCAGAUUGGGAAGAUGCUGAAUGCCAGGGAGCCAAAGGUGGUCAACGGGCCCGAGAUCCUCAACAAAUACGUGGGCGAGUCGGAGGCCAACAUCCGCAAGCUGUUUGCUGAUGCCGAGGAGGAGCAGAGGAGGCUGGGAGCCAACAGCGGGGUGCACAUCAUCAUCUUCGACGAGAUCGACGCCAUCUGCAAGCAGAGGGGCAGCAUGGCCGGCAGCACCGGGGUGCACGACACGGUGGUGAACCAGCUGCUGUCCAAGAUCGAUGGCGUGGAGCAGCUCAACAACAUCCUGGUCAUCGGAAUGACCAACAGACCUGACCUGAUUGAUGAGGCUCUGCUGAGGCCAGGGAGGCUGGAGGUGAAGAUGGAGAUCGGUCUGCCAGACGAGAAGGGCCGGUUCCAGAUCCUCCACAUCCACACGGUGAGGAUGAGGGAGCACCAGCUGCUGGCUGAGGACGUGGACAUUGCAGAGCUGGCAGUGGAGACCAAGAACUUCAGUGGUGCUGAGCUGGAAGGUUUGGUUCGAGCUGCUCAGUCCACGGCCAUGAACAGACACAUCAAGGCCAGCAAUAAAGUGGAAGUGGACAUGGAGAAGGCCGAGAGCCUCCGUGUGACCAGGGGAGACUUCUUUGCGUCCCUGGAGAACGACAUCAAACCGGCCUUUGGGACCAACCAGGAGGACUAUGCCAGCUACAUCAUGAACGGCAUCAUCAAGUGGGGGGACCCCGUGACGAGGGUGUUGGACGAUGGGGAGCUGCUGGUGCAGCAGACCAAGAACAGCGACCGUACCCCGCUGGUCAGCGUGCUGCUGGAAGGUCCCCCCCACAGUGGGAAAACUGCUCUAGCAGCAAAAAUAGCUGAAGAAUCCAACUUCCCCUUUAUCAAGAUCUGUUCUCCAGAUAAGAUGAUUGGGUUUUCUGAAACAGCCAAGUGCCAGGCCAUGAAGAAGAUCUUUGAUGAUGCCUACAAGUCCCAGCUCAGCUGUGUGGUCGUGGACGACAUCGAGCGCCUGCUGGAUUACGUCCCCAUCGGACCUCGCUUCUCCAAUCUGGUCUUGCAAGCCCUGCUUGUGCUGCUGAAGAAGGCCCCCCCUCAGGGCCGGAAGCUCCUGAUCAUCGGCACCACGAGCCGCAAGGACGUCCUGCAGGAGAUGGAAAUGCUGAACGCCUUCAGCACCACCAUCCACGUGCCCAACAUUGCAACAGGGGAGCAGCUCAUGGAGGCCUUGGAGGUGAGGAACAGCUCAGGGGUAACGAACAAGCUCAGCAUUUGCUGGGAAUGGGGGAUUUUCCAGUGGCUCUUGGCUUGGUGGCAUUGUCCCGCUCAUGACAGCAGUUCCAGGGCUUCUCCCGGACAGUCCAUGGCUCUGGGAUUUCCUGGGGGGCUGCCUGGGGGGCUGCAGGGCACUAAUGGGACCUGUUUGUUUGGUGUUCAGAUGGAUCCUGAGUAUCGGGUGAAGAAGUUCUUGGCUCUUCUGAGAGAAGAAGGAACAGUCCCUACCCUAGACUGAAGGUGGACCAAGUGCAAGAUCAACAGCCGGAAAAGCGACCAACCUGGAGAAAAUGCACUGGGAUCUUUACUCUUCUGUGCUCAACACACUGGACAAAGUGAAAUGCUCCCCAUUUCCCAGAGCCCCAUGUGGAAUCUGCAUGUUUAGUGCAAUACUGCAGUACCUUUAUUCUUUGUCUUUAAUAUUCUGAUGUCACGUGGAAGUGUCUCCUAGAACACUGUGCUUCUGUCUCUGUGCAGCCAGGCUGCAUCCUUUGAUUUGAGCAUGGGGGAAUGUCCUGGGAGUUUGAAGCCAGUGCUCACUUGUGUCCAGCAUUCCUGCAGUGGGAAAGAGAUCCUGACUCCUGAUAAACCUGCCAGUCUGGUGGAGGGACACUGGAGCACUGCUCUGUCAUAUCCUGGUCAGGUGAAGGCUUUCUUGUGUCAUCCCAUCCCUCACUGAGCUCUGAGCCAGACCCACAGCCCACAGACAGUGCCCACAGCAGUCCAGCUCCAGGACUGCCUGGAUGCUGCACCUGCUUUAUUUAUAUCCAGGUAUUUUGGGGCCCCCUGAGACACUGCCAGUGGCACUGGGAACUGGAAGAGGGCAGGGAAGUGUUGAUCAGAAUAGAGGAAAUUUCCAAAUCCAGUAUUUAAGGCAUCAGAAGCUUGUUAAUUCAACAAGAGUUCUAGAGGUGCUGGUUCCAGCACCUCUCACAGAGCCUCCAACUCUUCCCGAGGUCGUGCAGGUGGCAGCUUUGGUGUCCUCCAGCCUCACAUCCCAUUUCCAUGCCAUGCUACCAAAGGUUGAAAUUCCUCCUUGCACACAGAGAGGAGGCCAAGCUCUGCAGGUGCACGAGGUGUGCAUUGCCAUGUGUUUGCACUGAAACAAAGGAAUGUACCAGCCCUCGCUCCAUGUCCUUCCCAGCUGUCACCUGGCCUCGGGGAGUGCUGCUCGAGGCUCCCCCUGCUUCUGGGGCUCCACUCCUCCUGUAAUGUUCAUGGAACAUACCUCAGCCUGGUGGGGCAUGAAAUCAAAGCCAUUUGUCAGAAAUUAGCCAGUGUAGCUUCCUAAGCUUGACCAGAGCCGCUGUCAGGGCUUGCAGUGGUUCCAGAGGGGUGUCCAGGGAAGGAGAUGCUCCCCGUCCUUCCAGGCCCAAGGUGCAGGUACUGUUGUCCUCAGUGUGUGCUUGCAGCAGUGGGGGUGUUCCAGCCACCCCCCCCCUGUUCUCUGGCAGUGCUGUUGUGUUGUGAUGCCCUCGUGAGUCCCAGUGCUGGUUAUUCCCUCUCAUUUCGUGUAUGAUCUUGUGGGUUUAUUUGUUCCUCCCUCCCCUCUGCCAGUCCGGGUGACAGCAGCACACAGUUAACUUAUCUUUCAGAGUAAAUGCUGUAAACCUUAUCAUGUCUUUGUCCAGAACUAUAUUGAUGAAUAAAUAUCUGGUUUAAUUGCACAUUCAAUGGGUUCAAUAAAAAGCACAACUCCUUGUGA